CCGGCUUUCCAGCUGCAGAAGGAUGCUUUAACCUCCGAACAAAUUCAAGCUGUCCAGAAGCAUCUGGAUCUGCAAUGCCAUGAAAUUCUCGCAGUUCAGUUAGAAGGCAAAAAGCCCAAUUUUGAGGUUGGAUCUUCAAGUCAGCUCAAGCUUUCUACUAUCAAGAAACCAACAACUGAAAAACCACGGGUGGAUCCCACGGCUGCAAAACUCUGGACUCUUUCUGCCAAUGACAUGGAUGAUGAGGACGUGGAUCUCCUGGAUUCAGAUGAGCUUCUGGAUCCUGAGGAUUUGAAAAAGCCAGAUCCCGCAUCUCUCAAAGCACCUUCUUGUAAGGAAUCUGGAAAGAGGAAAGCCUGUAAGAAUUGCACCUGCGGCCUUGCUGAAGAACUAGAGCAAGAGAAGAAAAAUGCACAGCCAAAAUCUGCUUGCGGCAAUUGCUACCUGGGGGAUGCCUUCCGCUGCGCCAGCUGCCCUUACCGUGGCAUGCCAGCCUUUAAGCCUGGCGAGAAAAUCCUCUUGAGCGAAACCAACCUUCAGGACUCCUGAGAGAGGAGCAGCAACUCGCAGCUUCCUUGGCGGUGCUUCAUGGUUUGGACACAGCCGGCAGUUUCUCUAGUAAAGAGGGAGGAAGUCUGGACUUGGUGGGGGAUCAGCAAACAAAUAGGUGGACCAAUGCAGGCCGUGUCCGCUUUCAGGAUUCCCUGACUGACAUUCUUUUUGAAAGGUUUGCACCUAGAUUUCGGCUGUUACCCCACGUCCUGCAGAUCAGAAGAUCUCGCUAGUCAUCUUUCCAUUUACUUUGCCUGCAGAAUGUGGCUCUGCCAAACCCCAACAGGGGCGGGUGGCGUUGGCUUGUACUCAAAAGUGCAUCGUACGUCUCCAUCCCCAGUGUUAUGCCAAGGGGAGGAUUCAAAAUUAAACCUGUGAAACUCUCGACCUUACUUUUGUUUUACUUUGGCGCACAAAGGUCUCGACCAUUAUUUUCCUGAGGAGUUUUACGCAGAUGUCACUAUUCCAGCUGGUUGUUGUUUUUUUAAAGAAAGUUUGAGAGUCCAGAUUGCUGGAAAUACUGUCUCAGAAGUGAGUGUAAUAAAAAGUUUGAUCUG